GGGGGCGGCACUUCCGGUCGGGCCCUCGGGUCUCCCCGGAGCGGCGGCGCCUUCUCGGCCUCCUCGGCCUCCUGCCGGCGGAGACCCCGGCGCCGGUCUCCAGCUGCCCACAGAGAUGGAGGCGAACCCGGCUGCGGGCGGCGGGCCUGGCGGGCUGGCGGGCGAGGAUGGUGUCCACUUCCAGAGUUACCCUUUUGACUUCCUCGAGUUCCUCAAUCACCAGCGCUUCGAGCCCCUGGAGUUGUACGGGGAGCACGGCAAGGCAGCCACCCUGCCCUGCGCGGGCGCCCCGGGGCCGCCACCCGCGCCCCCGCCACCCGCACCGCCGCCCCAGUAUGACUACCCUGGCCCGGCCAGCUUCAAGCCCAAGGCAGAGGCGGCCUCCUCAUCCUCGGCCUCCUCCACCUCAUCGUCCUCGUCCUCCUCAUCGUCCUCGCAGGCCAAGAAACAGGACCCGCCCCCACCGCCAGCCUUUGGGGCGCCCCCGCCGCCUCUCUUCGAUGCUGCCUUCCCCGCUCCGCAGUGGGGCAUCGUCGACCUGUCUGGGCACCAGCACCUGUUCGGGAGCCUGAAGCGAGGCACGCCGGCAGCUGGACCCGGCGGGGCUCCGGGGCUGGGCAGCCCCGCGGGGGCUCCGGGUCCACUGCCGGCCACCUCGCAGGCCCCAGUGGGCGCAGGGGUGGGGGGCGUCAACGACCCUAAGGAUGACAAGGGCUACUUCCGGCGGCUGAAGUACCUGAUGGAGCGGCGCUUCCCGUGCGGUGUGUGCCAGAAGUCCUUCAAGCAGUCCUCGCACCUGGUGCAGCACAUGCUGGUGCACUCGGGCGAGCGGCCCUACGAGUGCGGGGUCUGCGGCCGCACCUACAACCAUGUGUCCAGCCUCAUCCGCCACCGGCGCUGCCACAAGGACGCGCCGCCCGCGCCCGGGGCCCCACCCGGCCCGGCACCUCAGCCCCCACCGCCACAGCCCCCCGGUCCGCCGCCACCAGGCCUGGCUGCACCUGCCGCUGCCACUGCAACCCCCUCCGUCCCCGCCGCAGCCCCUGCGUCCGCUGAUGGCACCUCCGGCCUGGCCGCCCCGCCGCCCCUGCCCCCGCCCGGUGCCGGCGGAGAGGGCCCCUUCGCCUGCCCGCUGUGCUGGAAGGUGUUCAAGAAGCCUAGCCACCUGCACCAGCACCAGAUCAUCCACACCGGCGAGAAGCCCUUCUCCUGCUCGGCCUGCGGGAAGAGCUUCAACCGCCGCGAGAGCCUCAAGCGCCACGUGAAGACCCACUCGGCCGACCUGCUGCGCCUGCCCUGCGGCGUCUGCGGCAAGGCCUUCCGCGACGCGGCCUACCUGCUCAAGCACCAGGCGGCGCACGCGGCGGGCGCGCGGCCCGCCUUCCCCUGCGACCUGUGCGGGAAGUCCUACUCCGCGCCUCAGAGCCUGCUGCGGCACAAAGCGGCGCACGCGGCGGCAUCCGACGGCGCCAAGGACGCGGCCCCGGCCGCCCCACCGCCGCCCACCACCUUCCCCCCGGGCCCCUACCUGCUGCCCCCCGACCCUCCCGCCAACGACAGUGACAAGGCGGCGGCGGCUGCAGCGGCCGCGGUGGUGUACGGUGCCAUGCCCAUGCCGCUGCUGGGCGCACACCCACUGCUGCUCGGCGGGGCCGGGCCGGGCAGCGCGGGCGCCAGCGGAGCGGGUCCUGGCGGCCCUGGGAAGACCUUCUGCUGCGGCAUCUGCGGGCGCGGCUUUGGGCGCCGCGAGACGCUGAAGCGCCACGAGCGCAUCCACACCGGCGAGAAGCCGCACCAGUGCCCCGUGUGCGGGAAGCGCUUCCGUGAGUCCUUCCACUUGAGCAAGCACCACGUGGUGCACACGCGGGAGCGGCCCUACAAGUGCGAGCUGUGCGGCAAGGUAUUCGGCUACCCGCAGAGUCUCACGCGCCACCGCCAGGUGCACCGCCUGCAGCUGCCCUGCGCCCUGGCCGGCACCCAGGCAGGGCCCGGGGCUUGCGGGUCAGGAACAUCUGCCUCAGCCGCCGCGCCCGCCGAGGGUCUGAGCUACGCCUGCUCGGACUGCGGCGAGCACUUCCCAGACCUGUUCCACGUGAUGAGCCACAAGGAGGCACACAUGCCUGAGAAGCCAUACGGCUGCGACUCCUGCGGCAAGACCUUCGGCUUCAUUGAGAACCUCAUGUGGCACAAGCUGGUGCACCAGGCGGCCCCUGAGCGCCUGCUGGCGCCCGCGCCAGGAGGCCCCCAGGCCACAGAUGGCCCCACCAGUGGCACCGAUGCGGGCAGCGCCCUGGACCACGGGCUGGCUGGGGAGGUAGGAGCAGCGGUGGCGGCACUGGCGGGCGCCCCGGGGGCCGAGGAUGUGAGCGGGCCGGCAGCUACGGCGGGCGGGGCCGGUGGCACGGGCACUGAGCGCUUCAGCUGUGCCACGUGCGGGCAGAGCUUCAAGCACUUCCUGGGCCUGGUCACGCACAAGUACGUGCACCUGGUGCGCCGGACGCUGGGCUGCGGCCUCUGCGGGCAGAGCUUCGCCGGAGCCUAUGACCUGCUCCUGCACCGCCGCAGCCACCGGCAGAAGCGUGGCUUCCGCUGCCCGGUAUGCGGGAAGCGCUUCUGGGAGGCUGCGCUGCUAAUGCGCCACCAGCGUUGCCACACGGAGCAGCGGCCUUACCGGUGUGGUGUGUGCGGCCGCGGCUUCCUGCGCUCCUGGUACCUGCGACAGCACCGCGUGGUGCACACCGGCGAGCGCGCCUUCAAGUGUGGCGUCUGUGCCAAGCGUUUCGCGCAGUCGUCCAGCCUGGCAGAGCACCGGAGGCUGCACGCUGUGGCCCGGCCGCAGCGGUGCGGCGCCUGCGGGAAGACCUUCCGCUACCGCUCCAACCUGUUGGAGCACCAGCGGCUGCACCUGGGUGAGCGUGCCUACCGCUGUGAGCACUGCGGCAAGGGCUUCUUCUACCUGAGCUCCGUGCUGCGCCACCAGCGCGCCCACGAGCCGCCACGGCCCGAGCUGCGCUGUCCUGCCUGCCUCAAGGCCUUCAAGGACCCUGGCUACUUCCGCAAGCACCUGGCAGCCCACCAGGGUGGCAGGCCGUUCCGCUGCUCCUCCUGCGGGGAGGGCUUUGCCAACACCUAUGGCCUGAAGAAGCACCGCCUGGUGCACAAGGCCGAGGGCCUCUCUGGGGCUGGGGCCGGGGCCGGGGCCGCCACCUUGCCUGGGAAGGAUCCCUGACUGGGGCUUCGGCGCAUUGCCUCUGUCCAGUGCCCCUGUGGACCCUCUGCACCUGGCUGCAGAUUGCACCAGCCCCCUCCUCCUGCCAUCCCUCCAAUGAACUCGAGACCCAGCCUCUCAGCCCUGGACCUCCCUGCCCCUCCCAUAUCCCAGCAGAUGCGCCUCGAGCCCUGUGCCCACCCCUCUUAUACCCUUGCUGGCCGCCACGGGGUUCUCUCCCCAUCCAAAUCUGCUCCAGGUGAGUCUCAGCUGCCCCCUCCUCAUGAAAUCCGGCCAAAAGGUACAAAACGCGGUGAGGAGCCUGGUGGGGGGGAGUCUGGGUACUCUUGGAUUGGGGUGGGUGUGGGUUGCAGACGAGGCUUGUACAGAGCAGAAAACAAUAAAUCUUAUAAACAUGGCUGCUGGAGAAUAUUGCUGCGUCCUGGGGAGGGUGUCACAGAACACAGGAGCUCCGGCCAGACUGGCAGCCUUUCUGUCCUUCAGCUCACCAGCUCUAGGGAAUCCCAAACACUCACCCAACCACCUGGGUGCUGGGGAAGUGGUUGAAUGAAUGGGAUGCACAGAGCCCCUGUGGCUGCAUUGAGAUCCCAUGCAGCUCACC